AUGCACGAUGAGCGACCUAAACACGCACCUUAUAGCCCGCGAGACUCCGAACAAGUUGCGAUCACGAUUCUGAUCAUUCCUAAGCACACAUUGUCUACAGUGGUUUGGUGGACCAUCGACAGAGCUGCACAUUCUAACUUUUGUUUUCGACAUCAUAGGCGACUCCUACAUACUAGCUGCUUUCAUUUCGUCGGAAAUAAAACGCUCAGAAAGCGCAAACACACAUGGCGAGGCCUGAUCAAACCACUAUCUGGCCGCAAGAAGGCCUUCCACUUGGAGAAAGUCCAGUGGAAAUCAUCAUCAACACUUUUCCUCCAAGAAUACUCCAGCGACCCCAACCUCAUGCGGAUUCUCUCCCAAAUGAAAACCAUGCUCAAGAUGGUUGAAGAUGGAGACUUGGUCAAGAUAUACCUCUGUUUGUUCGACAAGAAGACUGACACACCCGAUCCGGCCAGCCUGGUAGAAGUGUUUACUCUCCAGGUGCGGUAUGAACCGGACAUGUCCACGGCAGUCACCGUCUCGUGGGCUGGCCUGGCACAACUAUCACCAACGUCCUCAGUAAAGACCAAAAGCAAGAGCGAGCUUACCAUCGAAGAAUUUUUGCAGCAUCUCCAACCUAUCAAAAAAAAGGUAUACACACUCAUGAAGCAUCAAGUCAAAGUCUCCAAGCGAGCCAAAUGGGAAUCUUACAGCAAGAAAAGCAAAUUUGACCUCAUUGCUGCAAAACAGCUACUAUCAGAAAGGCCAGACUGCAAGAAUUGGACUGAAUGUGUGACGAUGAGAAUACCUGCGCGCAAAUCGCCAGCUGAAGGCAUCGAUGCAGGCGAAGAGGAACAGACUAUUCACGUCGAAGUUGAGAAGCCAACGUCCCCGCUACAGACCUUGAGCCACAGCCAAAAACGGCGACUUGAUCUCUUGAGUGACGAGGAUGAUACCCUGCGAAAUCCUCCAGUCAAGGUUCGAAUUGAUUGGACUGAGGGCAGCGAAGGCUCAUGGGGCAUAGAUGGGGCUUCGGAUAAUUCUUCAGUCCGGAACAGACGGCUCGAAACAUCGCCAGUUGCCCGAGCAAGUCAGCGGCUGCGAUUUGAAGCCGAGCGAUGA